AUGAAAGGUUUCCCACCUCCCCACGGAGGAGGCACAGAGACAUUUUUGACUCUGCGUCUGCCGGACUCUGUGAUAUCGCGUUUAAAACCCUGGAGCGCUCGAGAUGUCCAGAGUUGGGGAGCUCGCGAAGACGAGGCCCUUUUGAUUGGGGCCUACAAGUACGGCUUCGGGGCCUGGGCGCCCGCAGCAGCAGCUUCAGCAGCAGCAGAAGGAACCGCAUCUUCCUCAGCAAUUCCUGAGGGGACUUCUUCUUCUUCUGGAAUUCCUGACGAGUGCCAGCUGCUGCAGCAGCAGCAGCCGCAGGAGGUGAGCAACGACCCGAAUUUAUGUCUGCCUCAAAUUCGGGACAUAAAAUUCGACAAGUUGAAGAUGAGGGCUUUGAGGACUCUGAAGUUGAUAGAGAAGCAGCUGCUGCACAGCGGCAGCAGCAGCAGCAGCAGCAGCGCAGCGAGGAACACGCGGUCUUUGAGGCCCAGCCCCGUUGCUGCUGCUGCUGCUGGAGCAGCAGCAGCAACAGACCUGACAG